GACGGAUCUGGGUGGGAGGCUGGGAUAGGACUGGGAGCAAGGGGAAAACCCCCUCCUGUACACGAGCGUCACAAGCCGGCGUUACCGGCGGGCAGCAGCAAUGUCGUCCUCCAACGACGCUCCCCUGAGCCCUCGGUCCCAGCUGGCGCUCUGCUGCUUCGAGGAGCUCCUCGACUGCGCGGUGGCGGACGUCGCGUCGGAGUGCCACCGCAUCGCGCGCCUCGGCCUGGACCGCAGCGUCGACGCCGAGGAGGAGGAGCUCCGCGUCUGGGCCGCGCGCGCGGCCGCCGGGGCCGAACACCACCACCCCGGCGGCGGCGGGGCCGCAGAGGAGGCCGGGGCCGGGGCCGGGAGCAAGGGCGGGGUCGACGUGUUCGGCCAGACGCACCCCGCCAUCGCCGCCGACGUCAUCAAGUGCAUGAACUGCGGCCGCCCCGUCGUCGCGGGCCGCUUCGCCCCGCACCUCGAGAAGUGCAUGGGCAAGGGGCGGAAAGCUCGAGCGAAAAUUACAAGAAGCAGUACAGCUGGGCGGACCAGAAGCAGCAAUGGCAUCACUGCUUCAUCCUACUCUCCAUACUCCAAUGCAGCCAACACUAACAGGGUGAACGUCCCUAAUGGCGUGACUGAUGGUGGCUGCGGCACUGGUGGAGAUCACAGCAGCCAUGUGCCAUAGGAGCCCUGACUCAAGACUGCACUUGAGCCGUCACCAUGGGCUGCAUGAAGCAGGUUCUGUUGAUAAAUGUGGUCUAUGAACCGCGAGCACCUCUCCGAUAACCGCUAGUCCAUGAUUGUGAGAAGAUAGAAUCUCCCUUGGAUUAGGCUUGGGUUACCAAGUGUUUGAGAAGAUCACCUGAUGUCUUGUUGGUCAGUGUUUUUUCAUCUUCUGUAUAGCUUUGAGGCUUUAUUAGUUUUCAGUAGUUACAGUUCAUUCAGCCAAGCGCUUGCUAUCCCAUAGCAGGCUUUUAGGAGAGCUACUUUGUCGCAAAACACUGGGUACCUGCAUUCCCCCUGUCCCCUACUGAAAAGAGCAAAGCAGAGGCAGUCUCAAACAAGACCUCUGUAUGAGCUCAACUUUUUUUUUCCCCUGGCAACGUCGGUUUGCCUUUGUU